AGGUCGUCUCUUUGUUCGCUUUUAAAACGGGGAAAAAUCUUCUCGGCACUGGUGUGCGAAAUAUACAAACGUCACAAAAGAAAGGGAGAAACCUAUUAGUGGCAUUGUUGCGGUGACUUCCACGCUUCCUUUUCUCCCAAAUACCAAUGCCUUUCAUUCUUGAGUUCGGCGGCCGCUCCCGCUUUUCGGCCGGUUACAACUUCGGCCACAAGAUGGCACUGACCUGCAAACAAAGGGACACACCGCGGCUCCGACUUCGGAAGAGCCUCCGAACGCCGUCUCGCCUUCCCGGGAGUCGAGGAGUGCGCGGACGAGGGCUUACUUUGCUCUGCUCCGUGCGUCUGUGUCGAACAACGUGCGGAUAGGUUUGAUUGCUCUUCUUUCCAGAAUUCCUAGGCAACGCGCCCCAGAGGUGGACGUCCAAGCCGGGGUGGCUGCGGGGGGGAGCAUCGGGCGCUACUCGCGGGGCGCCGUCACGUGAUCCGGGGAUGAGGUGGAGUUCGGCUUUAAGGGGGCGUCUCUUCCUAUCUUCAUCAAUCUUUAGGAUUUGAGCAGGAGAAAUACCAGCGGAUCUUUUCUCCCCUCUCUGCGCCCUUCCGUUACCGUUCUUCCCGCUUUCAUAAACGGGCGGAAAAGACGAAUCCAACGGAGGGCAGGUCGCAAGGUGUUGCAGAGGAUCGGACCGCGCCGGGACUGCUGCCCGCGGAUGCGGGCAGACGUUAGGAACCGGGAGUUGGCGGCAUCCGCACACCUUGCUUCCCCAAGGCUUCUGCACCGGGGUACAAGUUCUCCCCACUUGGGGUUCUCCUAAGACCGUCUUCCCCUGACCUCUCUUAUCUUUGGCGUUUUUCUGGAGCCGGCUGCCCAGUCGAGGAUCGGGUCGCUGGGAUGGUCUGGGGAAUGGGGGCGGGGGGUUGGCCGGCGGUCCCCCUUGGUCCCCCUCGCGCCGCACGUGUUCCGCAGGGAGCUGGCGAAGGCGCGGGCUUGCCUGGGGGGCCUCGGACCUGAGCGCAGGCACGGUCCCCCCGCCCCCCCGGACACUUGUGGGUUCCGCGCAUCUGGCCAGGAAAGGAGCCCCUCUCCCUCGGUGCUGACCCGUCCAGUCUGUGCGCCCUGGUAGUACACCCUGAGCCGUAUUCUUUCAAUCACUGAACUCUUCAGCUGCUUUUAGAACAGCGAUGACGGAACCUGGCAAGAUGAGGAGAUCGGAGUGCUCAGAUUUGUCAUGCCCACCUGGAUCCUGUGCAAAAGCCUAACUCACUAGGUGACACGCAGGCGGGGGGGCGUUCAGAGCCUGCCUGUCUCUACCUGCACAGAAACGUAGAAGCAGUAUCUGGCAGUCCCAAGACUCUAGAAUGCUUCUCUGGUGAAGAAGAGAGCAGAAAGCUAUCCAGCCCAGCUGCCCACCUAUGUCUAAAGCAUUGUUCAGUUCAAGGGAAUGAAGAAUUCAGAAUUAUUUUGAGAAAUGGAUUCCAAUAUGGAGAAUUAAGAAAAAGCUGAACAUUUGAUCUGCUUUGAAGAAACAUAUUUUCCAUUUGUCUAGCGUAAUCUAUAACAACCAAACCAAUCAAAAUGAAUUCAACAUUAUUUUCCCAGGUUGAAAAUCAUUCAAUCUUCUGUAAUUUUUCAGAGAAUUCCCAGUUUUUGGCUUUUGAAAGCGAUGAUUGUCAUCUGCCCUUGGCCAUGAUAUUUACAUUAGCUCUCGCUUACGGAGCUGUAAUUAUUCUUGGGGUCUCCGGAAAUCUGGCCUUAAUUAUAAUCAUCUUGAAACAAAAGGAGAUGAGAAAUGUUACCAAUAUCCUGAUUGUGAACCUUUCCUUCUCAGACUUGCUUGUUGCCAUCAUGUGUCUCCCUUUCACAUUUGUCUACACCUUAAUGGACCACUGGGUUUUUGGUGAGGCAAUGUGCAAGUUGAAUCCUUUUGUGCAAUGUGUUUCAAUCACCGUGUCCAUUUUCUCUCUGGUUCUCAUUGCUGUGGAGCGCCAUCAGCUGAUAAUCAACCCACGAGGGUGGAGACCCAGUAACAGACAUGCUUAUGUAGGUAUUGCUGUCAUUUGGGUCCUUGCUGUGGUUUCUUCUCUACCUUUCCUCAUCUAUCAAGUAUUGACAGAUGAGCCGUUCCAGAAUGUAACACUUGACGCAUUCAAGGACAAAUACGUGUGCUUUGAUAAGUUUCCAUCGGACUCCCAUAGGUUAUCUUAUACAACUCUCCUCUUGAUGCUGCAGUAUUUUGGCCCACUCUGUUUUAUAUUUAUUUGCUACUUCAAGAUAUAUAUACGCUUAAAAAGGAGAAACAACAUGAUGGACAAGAUGAGAGACAAUAAAUACAGGUCCAGUGAAACCAAAAGAAUCAACAUCAUGCUGUUGUCCAUCGUAGUAGCAUUUGCAGUCUGCUGGCUACCCCUUACCAUCUUUAACACUGUGUUUGAUUGGAAUCAUCAGAUCAUUGCUACCUGCAACCACAAUCUGUUAUUCCUGCUGUGCCACCUUACAGCAAUGAUUUCUACUUGUGUCAACCCCAUAUUUUAUGGAUUUCUGAACAAAAAUUUCCAGAGAGACUUGCAGUUCUUCUUUAACUUUUGUGAUUUCCGGUCUCGGGAUGAUGAUUAUGAGACAAUAGCCAUGUCUACCAUGCACACAGAUGUUUCUAAGACUUCUUUGAAACAAGCAAGCCCAGUCGCAUUUAAGAAAAUCAACACUGAUGAUAAUGAAAAAAUCUGAAACUCCUGUAGAAUAUGGUCCCAAAUGACAUCUGUCUAAAAACAAGCACAACCUGUAACAUCUUUUCAUUACCUGUUCCCCCAGGGAAUGAGGUUAUAAUCAUUUAAGAAAGACCAAGAUUUGCUUGUCUUGCUUUUUAAUGCUUUUAUUGUAGCUGUCAUAAUUACACUGGGACAAAAUGUAUGGGCUUUGGAAUCUUCUGGCAAUAGUUUUGACCAGACAUCCUUGAAGUGCUUUUUGUAAACUUCUGCAUAUAAUACAAAAACUUUUAUAUUCAAUUUGUUGGAAUGAAGUUUCUUUAAAUUAUUACUAUUGACUGACUUUAGAAGCACUGCAUCUGAGACUCAUUAGGUCAGGCCAUCCUGUGUUGAUUAGAUUAGACGGUCAUUGGACUGGGCAAUCUUGAUGUAAUGAUAGACAUAUUUCAGUCUGUUACAGAGGUGAUAGCAUGCAAGAGCAGCAUUUGAGAUGUGGAGUUAAGCCUACCCGUCUUGCAGACCUACAGUCUGAAGUCACUGAGUUGUUUGCUUUUUUUUUUUUUUUUGCUGUAAGACCGGAUUUAAUUUGCUCCUGAUUAUCACUUGAGAUAAAAAUGCAUUAAAAAAAUACUUAUCAGCUGUGAAUAUCAUGGGGAAUUGGGCCACCCACAAGAAUUAAGUGGGAAAGCAAUUCUCUAACUUCAAAACUAUUUUGGUACCUGACAACCAAAGGAUUUCAGAGUAAUUAAUUUAACAAGAAAAUUAGUAUUGCAGCAUAUAUUUGAAUUGUAUUCCUCAGAAUUGUUCGUCAUGAGGUUUUCAUUCUUCACAGACUGUUCAGUGUUUGUCAAGCAUAAAUCUAUAUGUGACUCAAAAGACAUUUCCAGCUUACAAUACAUAAAAACACAAAGUGUAUUUUCCAUACAUCAGUGCCUACAAAGUAACACAUUUAUAACUUUUUCAAUGUCCAUUCUUCAAAAAAGGACACCAAAGUAUGCUGUUAAAAGAAUGUUCACUCUGGCUAGCAGGGCUAAAUACCUGAAAACUGAGAACACUUCAUAUAACCCAUAUUAACCUGUAUAAACUGUGUGCCUUGUGGAGUCAUAAAUAAUGUACUUUAUAAACUACUAAGUGGCUGUGUCAUGUUAAUAUAUUUAAUUUUAUGUAUUGUAUAUCAUGAUUGAGCCUCAGAAUCAUUUGGAGCAAAGAUAUUUUAAGGAACAAGAUACAACUUCAGUGUAUUAUAAAAGUAUUAAAUGUGUUUGAUUUUAGAAAGACAGACAUUUUCUUUAUUAAAAUUGUUUUUGCUUUUUCUGACUAGUU